AUGGGAGGAGAUGACCGCCGGGUUUUACUUUGGCAUAUGGAAGAAGCCAUCCACUCAAGAGUCAAACCAGUUCAGCUGAAAGGGGAGCAUCACUCUAAUAUCUUCUGCCUAGCUUUCAACAGUGGCAAUACGAAAGUGUUCUCUGGAGGCAAUGAUGAGCAAGUUAUACUCCAUGAUGUUGAAAGCACAGAGACCUUGGAUGUGUUUGCCCAUGAAGAUGCAGUGUAUGGCCUUUCAGUGAGCCCAGUAAAUGACAACAUAUUUGCCAGUUCAUCAGAUGAUGGCCGGGUUCUUAUUUGGGACAUCCGAGAGUCUUCCCAUGGAGAGCCCUUCUGCUUGGCACACUACCCAUCAGCCUUUCACAGUGUGAUGUUUAAUCCAGUAGAACCUAGAUUACUGGCCACUGCCAACUCUAAGGAAGGUGUGGGACUCUGGGAUAUUCGUAAACCUCAGAGCUUGAAUCAGAAUUUGUAUGCUGAUGCUGGUGCCUCUAGAGCUUACUCACAUUUACAAAGUUUGCCAGAGCCUUUGUUGGCAGCUGUUGUACAGUCUGCCAUUAAAUUUAGGUUUGAUAAAAUUUAA